GUCGAACACAUCAUUGACAUUGGUCGAAUUGCAGGUGAGAGCACAGGUUGGUUAGCUUGUAAGUUUUAUUUUGUAUUUAUUGUAUUAACAUAUAACAUUGUAAACUGUAGUUAUUAUAUUUUGAUUACACAUUGAUAUAACCUUGUUUACCAAGUAGUUAGCAGCAGUUAGCCAACUAACCGAUAUGCCAGCUGUUAGUUAGCUAGCUAGCUAACAGUCAGCUAGCUAGUCGUUGAGCAGUAAGCUAUCUAAUUUGGGCCAACUUGCUAACAUUAGCUAACUUAAUGAAUAAUGUUAGCUAAUUAGCUAGUUUGGCUAGCUAGCUAGAUAAUAUGUGGAAACGUAGGGAAUGUUAGCUAAGCGUGUCCAUUUUUGUCUCUAGCUAGCAGGUUUGACAGCUUUAGCUAGCUAGCUAACGUGACUUGGUAGCAUGUGGUUAGCUAACUAGCAAGAUAGCUAGCUAGCUAUGUCAACACACUUGUGUGGAGAUGAUGUAAUCGUGUUGAAGUACGCAGCUACAUGUAGCAGGAGAGCGUUUAGCCAAGACCGGGCUCUAAAAAGGGACCACUAAGCUAACGUUAGGCAGUUUGCUCAUGAUAUUUGGCUAUAUACUAUAACGUUACUGUCACAGUAAAACCUGUCUCACAAAUUGUCUUAGCUACUAGAAUUAGCUACCUGUGACAGGUAACGUUAGCUAACCGGUUUUAUUUUCCAACUAUGUCGCCAUACAUGUUGAUGGUAGCUAGCUAGUAACUAGUGAGAAUGGGUUGUUUGUUUAUGGUUUGGUAGACUGCACAUAUAACGUUAUCUAGCUAGCAAACGUCAGCAAUUGGGGAACUUGAACUGGGGCCUGGGGCUUUAGCUAAGUCACAAAAUAAGCAACACAGCUGACAGCAUUGCAGAGAAAAGCAAUUAUGGUCAACAAACCUACUUGAUGAAUUUGGCUAAAUGCAUUAAUACAUUUGACCAUACUCUUUCCUCCUGUUUUGCUUUCCAUUUCAGUAAGGAGAGUGAGACAUCGCUUUAGUUUUUGCCCAGCUCUCAAAGGUUAAAUAAUGGACCAAGACAACAACUCAGAGGUCAGUUUGGGGACUGCUGGACAUGGCUCACUGCAUAAUGCUUUGACAGCUGUUAUUUUGAUAAUUUAAAAAAGGCACACAGAGUACAGCUUCACACACGUCUGUUAUGGUCCAUACAGCUGUGAUCUUUGAAGUACACAGCUCUAUGCUGAUCAUAAUACAUUAGGCAAAACAAACAAACAUUCUUAGAAUUUUGUCCUGCUCUUGUACUUAGCCUAGAUAUUAAUCGCCUAAGAAUCAGUGUCGCAAUAAAUCUGUCUACUAAGCCCUUGAGCACAUUGACCAAAAAAUGUGUAGACAUUUAAAGUUUUAGAAUUACUAUAUCUGACUUAAUGACUACAUAUGCUUUUUGACUUUUUUUUUAGGAUGAGUUGGUAGGUCCCUCUGAAGAUGCGUCUGAAGAUGAGUCACUGCCUAGUCGUCCCCCUGGACUCUGUGAGCGCCCUUAUUUACCUAAAAUCUAUUUCCUGUCCUCUCCCUCUGCUUGUCACCAAAAGCUCAUAUUGUUUCACAAUGCCCAUGUGAGAGAAAAAGGGGAACUGUCCUUUACUGUUCUAACUUGUUUGUGAUCUUUAUUUCAGUAGGCUACAACAUGUACCCUACCCAAAUCUGACUAUCACUUUCCUUUGGCAUAUCGAAGUAUGUUGUCUUUCCUGCCAUCCAAUUCAGUGAUGCAGGAACUAAAGGUUCUUUCCAUUCUUGUUUUUCUCUUUCUCUCUUACUUGCUCUAUUUCUCUCCCCCUCCCCUUCCACCUCUCCCUGGCUGGUUCCUCCAUAGCGGACUCUGAGGCGGUGGAGCUGCUAUGGCAGGUGCGUGCCCAGCGGCGCCAGUCCUCCCCAGAACUCCCUGAGACAGUCACCCGGCUGACUGCCCCAGACGGCAGCCUGCUCUACUUGGUAGGCACCGCCCACUUCAGUGACAGCAGCAAGAAGGACGUGGCCACGGUGAGCACAACAAAUCUGACAUGCAAGCAUUAAGGUUUUUUUUCCUUGACACAGAUUAACCUAGCCAGUUACUAAAAAGUAUUCUGAAUGAGGAAUCUCCAUUCAAAUACAUUUUUGAACGAGGCGUAUAAUCUGUGUCUGGGAAACCGGCCUUAAAUGAUUGUCAUGGGUCUAUAUCUCCUGGAUUGGCCUCUUGAGUUCGUUCAGCGAAAUCCAUUCUAUUGUCAGUCUUGUACAGUGGGGAAAAAAAGUAUUUAGUCAGCCACCAAUUGUGCAAGUUCUCCCACUUAAAAAGAUGAGAGGCUUGUAAUUUUCAUCAUAGGUACACGUCAACUAUGACAGACAAAAUGAGAAAAAAAAAUCCAGAAAAUCACAUUGUAGGAUUUUUAAUGAAUUUAUUUGCAAAUUAUGGUGGAAAAUAAGUAUUUGGUCACCUACAAACAAGCAAGAUUUCUGGCUCUCACAGACCUGUAACUUCUUCUUUAAGAGGCUCCUCUGUCCUCCACUCGUUACCUGUAUUAAUGGCACCUGUUUGAACUUGUUAUCAGUAUAAAAGACACCUGUCCACAACCUCAAACAGUCACACUCCAAACUCCACUAUGGCCAAGACCAAAGAGCUGUCAAAGGACACCAGAAACAAAAUUGUAGUCCUGCACCAGGCUGGGAAGACUGAAUCUGCAAUAGGUAAGCAGCUUAGUUUGAAGAAAUCAACGGUGGGAGCAAUUAUUAGGAAAUGGAAGACAUACAAGACCACUGAUAAUCUCCCUCGAUCUGGGGCUCCACGCAAGAUCUCACCCCGUGGGGUCAAAAUGAUCACAAGAACGGUGAGCAAAAAUCCCAGAACCACACGGGGGGACCUAGUGAAUGACCUGCAGAGAGCUGGGACCAAAGUAACAAAGCCUACCAUCAGUAACACACUACGCCGCCAGGGACUCAAAUCCUGCAGUGCCAGACGUGUCCCCCUGCUUAAGCCAGUACAUGUCCAGGCCCGUCUGAAGUUUGCUAGAGUGCAUUUGGAUGAUCCAGAAGAGGAUUGGGAGAAUGUCAGAUGAAACCAAAAUAUAACUUUUUGGUAAAAACUCAACUCGUCGUGUUUGGAGGACAAAGAAUGCUGAGUUGCAUCCAAAGAACACCAUACCUACUGUGAAACAUUGGGGUGGAAACAUCAUGCUUUGGGGCUGUUUUUCUGCAAAGGGACCAGGACGACUGAUCCGUGUAAAGGAAAGAAUGAAUGGGGCCAUGUAUCGUGAGAUUUUGAGUGAAAACCUCCUUCCAUCAGCAAGGGCAUUGAAGAUGAAACGUGGCUGGGUCUUUCAGCAUGACAAUGAUCCCAAACACACCGCCCGGGCAACGAAGGAGUGGCUUCGUAAGAAGCAUUUCAAGGUCCUGGAGUGGCCUAGCCAGUCUCCAGAUCUCAACCCCAUAGAAAAUCUUUGGAGGGAGUUGAAAGUCUGUGUUGCCCAGCGACAGCCCCAAAACAUCACUGCUCUAGAGGAGAUCUGCAUGGAGGAAUGGGCCAAAAUACCAGCAACAGUGUGUGAAAACCUUGUGAAGACUUACAGAAAACGUUUGACCUGUGUCAUUGCCAACAAAUGGGUAUAUAACAAAGUAUUGAGAAACUUUUGUUAUUGACCAAAUACUUAUUUUCCACCAUAAUUUGCAAAUAAAUUCAUAAAAAAUCCUACAAUGUGAUUUUCUGGAUUUAAUUUUCUCAUUUUGUCUGUCAUAGUUGACGUGUACCUAUGAUGAAAAUUACAGGCCUCUCUCAUCUUUUUAAGUGGGAGAACUUGCACAAUUGGUGGCUGACUAAAUACUUUUUUUCCCCACUGUACUUCUGCCUUUGGCUUUCUCUCUCUCUGACCGCCCUUUCUCCCCGCUCUCCCCUUCCUGUCCUCUCCCUCUACCCCCUUUCCCUGUUUUCCUCCUCUCCUUAUCCUCCCACUCUCUCCUCCCCCUUUCUCCCCUGUCCCCCUUGCUUGCCUUCUUCUCCCCCCUCUCUUCCCUCCCUCAGACGAUCCGUGCAGUGCAGCCAGACGUUGUGGUGGUGGAGCUGUGCCAGUACAGGGUGUCCAUGCUGAAGAUGGACGAGAAGACGCUGCUGAAGGAGGCCAAGGACAUUAAUCUGGACAAGGUCCAGCAGGCCAUCAAACAGGUACGACUAUGGGACACAGUGCAUUCGGAAAGUAUUCAGAACCCAUUACUUUUUCCAUAAUUUGUUACGUUACAGGCUUAUUCUAAAAUGGAUUACAAAAAACAGGUUUUUAGAACUUUUUGCAAAUGUAUAUAAAAAAAAAAAAAGGAAAUAUCACAUUUACAUGUGUAUUCAGACCCUUUACUCAGUACCUUAUUCUAAAGUGGAUUAAAUUGUUUUUUUUCCCCCUCAUCAAUCUACACGCAAUACCCCAUAAUGACAAAGCAAAAACAGUUUUUUAUAAAUGUUGGCAAAUUUAUAAAAUACAAAAAAUGGAAAUAUCACAUUUACAUAAGUAUUCAGACCCUUUACUCAGUACUUUGUUGAAGUACCUUUGGCAGCGAUUACAGCCUUGUGUCUUCUUGGGUAUUGUUAUGAUGAGUUUCUAGUAUUGAGAAGUGAGGAUGCAAGAAUUUACUUAGACAUUCUGUGGAGAUUUUACCAAGUAUUUAUUUGAUCACGAGCUCGUGGGUUCAUCUAACAAACGGACAUAGCCUUGCCCCCAUUGUCAGUUGAACUGCCCACACACACAAAUCUCACAGCUUUUAUACUCUUGGUUAUCCUUCCUUUCACAUACAUCUGGCAACCAUCAUGGGCACUCCCUUUCUCUGUUGCUAUUACCCUUUGCCCCAAGUCAGUAUAUCCUGUCCAUCCAUCAUGCUAUCCUAAACAUCACUAAUCUCCUUUGACAUAAGGAAUAUAGACUCCAUGGCCCCAAACCACUUAUCUAGUAACUCUUCCCUGGUCCACACAAUACUAUGACAUGACAUAAUUACAGGUAUGAUGCUACAAGCUUGGUCAGAGUCCUUUAGGUGCCUUUUGGCAAACUCCAAGCGGGCUGUCAUGUGCCUUUUUACUGAAGAGUGGCUUCCGUCUGGCCAGUCUACCAUAAAGGCCUGAUUGGUGGAGUGCUGCAGAGAUGGUUGUCCUUCUGGAAAGUUCUCCCAUCUCCACAGAGGAACUCUGGAUUCUUGGUCACCUCCCGGAUCAAAGCCCUUCUCCCUCGAUUGCUCAGUUUGGCCGGGCGGCCAGCUCUAGGAAGAGUCUUGGUGGUUCUUAACUUCUUCCAUUUAAUAAUGUUUGAAGCCACUGUGUUCUUGGGGACCUUCAAUGUUGCAGAAAUGUACUUGCAAUUCCUUUGACCUCAUGGCUUGGUUUUUGCUCUGACAUGCACUGUCAACUGUGGGACCUUAUAUAGACAGGUGUGUGCCUUUCCAAAUAAUGUCCAAUCAAUUGAAUUGACCACAGGUGGACUCCAAUCAAGUUGUAGAAACAUCUCAAGGAUGAUGAAUUGAAACAGGAUGCACCUGAGCUCAAUUUCGAGUCUCAUAGCAAAGGAUCUGAAUACUUAUGUAAAUGUGGUAUUUGUUAUUUAUUUUUAAUACAUUUGCAAACAUUUCUAAGAACUUGUUUUCGCUUUGUCAUUAUGGGGUAUUGUGUGUAGAUUGACAAGGAUUUUUAAAAAUGUAAUCCAUUUUAGAAUAAGGCUGUAACGUAACUAAAUAUGGAAAAAGUCAAGGGGUCUGAAUACUUUCUGAAUGCACUGUGCAUAGUAUCGCCAUAGUCCAACACAGAGAGAAAAGUACAACGAAUCAACUAUUUUCUAGCAGCAAAGGAAAAACAAGCUUUGUGCCGGUAAUAAAACCCAAUAAUCAGCUUGGGUUUCCUGACAAGGUUCUCUACAUGGGUGGUGAAGCUCAACUUCUCAUCCACCCAAACUCACAGAUAUUUGUACAUCUUCACUUGCUCUAUAGAAUGUCCUUCCAAGGUAGUAAUUACAUGAUUUUCAUAGUGUUUUGUAUUGGAAAAUACCAUGCAUUUUGUUUUAGAGGAAUUCAGAACAAGCUUCAAAUCGCCCAGAUUCUGUUUUAUAAUGUUAUAAGCUGUUUGAGCUUUUUGAAAAGCGAAAGUCAAACUGCUGCCACUUGAGUAAAGAACAGUGUCAUCUGCAUAAAAAUUUACAUCAGAGGGGUAUACUACAAAGCAGGAUCAACGAGUUAGCCAGCUAACUUGCCUAAAUACUAUUGAAUAACUUUACAUUAUUUAGAAAGAUAUGCAUGAAAUGGGCAUGGUCUAAUUGACUCAACAACCAAAAAUAGCUCUAAGUUUAUCUUUCUUAAUGAUCCAGAAAAUCAAUAUAUAUUUAUGUUUGUUUAUUGAAGUUAUCUGGCUAACUCAUUGAACCUGCUUUGUAGUAUACUGUCUCAAUAUGUCUCCCAAUGUUGUUGAUGUAGAUAAUAAACCUAAAAUGUAUCCUUGAGGCACAACUCUCUAUGGUGUCCGAUUUACAACCAUCUGCCUUAAUACACUGGGUUCCAUUUGACAGGUAGUUCACAAACCACUCCAGAGCAUGACCAGUAAUCCCAAUACACUUCAAUUUCUGCACCAAGACAGUAUGGUCCACAGUGUGAAACACCUUUGACAAGUCUAUGUAUACAGAUACACAAGCCAGAACUGUAAGUUAAUAUCCUGUUUCUUUCUCCUCCCAUCUGUCCUUCCCCCUCUUUAUUAUGUCAUCACAGAAUGGAGUGAUGUCUGGCCUGAUGCAGAUCCUGCUGCUCAAAGUGUCAGCUCACAUCACAGAGCAGCUGGGCAUGGCUCCUGGAGGGGAGUUCAGGGAGGCCUUCAAACAGGUGAGACACUCACGCACUCACUAAAAUAGGGUCACAGGUUUGUUCUCGCACAAGGUGUCAGGUGAAGGUCACACAUAUACUUUCAAAUACACACUAAUGUUCUUAUCUCACAUAGCAUAACAUACUGAACUUAACACCCUCUUACAUGUUACCCACUGUGUACAGUAUUAGUAAGGUUCUAUGUAAAGACCCUCCCUCUCUCUUCUCUCCACCCAGGCGGGCCGGGUGCCCUUCUGCAGGUUCCACCUGGGGGACCGGCCCAUCCCGGUGACAUUCAAGCGGGCCAUCGCUGCUCUCAGUCUGUGGCAGAAAGCCAGACUGGCAUGGGGCCUGUGCUUUCUGUCAGACCCCAUCAGGUACACUAACCUGACAGUUACUACUCUCUAGUGUCUAGAUUAAGUCCACAGCUUACUCCACUAUACACUUCCUCUCAGUAUUUCCUUUGGCUAGUGUGUAGUAAGAUUAGAGCAGAAAUAUUACUAUUGUGGUACUGUAUUUAGUAAUAUCCCAUUUAAUAAUAUAUUUAAUUUAUAUAGGGCUUAAUUGAUUUACCUGAAUACAAAUGAUAAGUUAUUGGGAUUUAAUUUGGGGAAUUGGUUAAACCUAGUGGAUAGAAUGCUGUUGUGCUUUUGUUAUUGUAAUAUGUUUGUUGUGUGUCAGUAAGGAGGAUGUGGAGAAGUGCAAACAGAAGGACCUGCUGGAGCAGACAAUGCUAGAGAUGAUCGGCGAGUUCCCCGCUCUCCACCAGACCAUUGUGGCCGAGCGAGACAUCUACCUCACACACACACUCCGCCAGGCCGCACACUGUGUGGAGGCGCCCCCCAAUGCUCAGAGUGAGUAUCGCAGCAUCUCUGCCUGUUUCGCUUUACACCUGAGGAAGUCCACAGAAAAGUUUCUCCAUUAGUGUCUGUUCACACUGCUCGUGGGAAAAACACUACCAUAUAAUUGGUUGUAGUCUGCGCAAGAUUGCAAUUAAACCAAUGAAAAGGCUUACUUUCUGGCAUAGUUUUCCGUGAGCAGUUUGAAUGGACCCUUACUCUGAAAGAUGGCCGAGCUGGGUUAUUGUGUCUGUGUUUUGCACACUGCCUAUGAUGGCAAUUAAGUUUUACCUCAAACUCCUAAUGUAUCCAUGCAUAAUAGAUGGACUGUUACAGACCAAUGUAUUUUGGGAACAUGGAUGCCAUUUCAGCUGGAUCAAUUUGCUCUGUUUCUUGUGACAGAAGUGCCUGCUGUGGUGGUGGGAGUGGUGGGAAUGGGCCACGUCCCUGGCAUCGAGAGGAACUGGGAGAAGGAGCUCAACAUUCAGGAGAUCAUGAGGUGUGUGUGUGAGAGUGGGUCUUUCUUAGCAGUCUAGACCAAGUUAUUAGUAAUGUUUAUAGAGCAGUAUAAUCAUUGUAUUUCGGCAUCUUCUAACUUUUAUGAGUUAAUAUUGACCCUCUUUCUUUUGCUUUUCUGUGUGACUGUCAGUGUUGCGCCCCCGUCUCGUUUUGGCUGGAUGUUACGCACGGUGCUGAAGGCUGGGGUGAUAGGAGUUCUGGGAUAUGCCUGCUACCGUGCAGGAGGGGGCAUGGGGAGGGCUCUUUUGUCCCUACCCGCUGUCCAAUCACUACUGGACAACCUGCGACCACUGCCCCCAGCAGCGGCUUGACCCCGCCCCCUCUCCUAUACUUGUGACAUGAACGAUCCCCUCUAAUACGAAAACAAUGCAUCUACCACCAAUGGCCUUAUCGACAGGAGGAGGGGUUAGAGGUAAAGGUUCACCUCCUACCCUAUGAACUUACAUGGAUGUAAGGGGUCCGAGGGCUUGAGCUGCCCUCCCUCUCUCUUUCUUCCUUCCUUCCUUCCUCUCCUC